UGCAUGUUCGGUAUCGUAACUUCAACUCUACUAGCUCUUCGUGUAUAAUGGCUACACGGAUAGUACUGGAUAAUAAUACCCAUAGAGCAGAGUACUGGACAAGAUGGUAUAAUCUGACAGCGGGAGCUGCACGCCAAAUUAGGUCGCUAUAUAGCACCCAAGAGAUAAUACUUACAGCAACACAGUGCUAUCCAGGGGGUGGCAACUCUACGAACAACUAUACCAUCAUUUACACCGACAAGCAUUGCGCGGUUGUGCUUAUGCCACACUGGGACCAUGCUGCUGUAAACUGUAAAGCUGCUUGCGAAAUGUGGGUAAGAGAAGACAGUGUGAAUUCGUGGAACGCGACUUGUGACGAUGUGUACAAACAACAGUGCGGAAACAGAAAAAUCACCGUCUACAAGAAGGAGCACUGCGAUGCCGUAAUAAACCACUUCGCAACAACUACAACACACGGACCACAACUAAGCAAUAAAUGUUGA